UUUACUACUCACAGUCACAGUACCUGCUGCUCACUCAGAAUUCAAAAGCUCAGAUAUUUACAAUCUAGGGUUUCAUUAAACCCUAAAAUUAGCGAAGAAUCGUUGCAGAGGAGAUGUAUAAUGGGUCCGGCGACGGCGAAGCCUCGGCUUCGAAGAAGAUCCCGCCGGCCACUUCCAUGCUUUGGAACCGAAAGCUUCGGCGCUUCAUCGAAUGUGGCACCGGUCGAGCUUUAAUGGAGCUCGAAACAAAAAGAACUUUGCUAGAUAUGUUUAAAGAGAAGCAACAAAAGAAUGCUGAAUCUGGCUCCCUACCAAGCUUUUAUAAGAAGAAGCAAUCAGAUCUUUUGCUGAACGCUGAUGAUUUAGAUGCUAUGUGGGUGUGUUUAAGACAGAAUUGUGUUAUUGAUGAUGCCACUGGUGCUGAAAAGAUGAACUAUGAAGAUUUUUGCCACAUUGCCUCUGAAUGUACAGAACAGAUGGGCUCUAAAUGUCGGCGGUUCUUUAGCCCUUCAAAUUUCAUGAAGUUCGAGAAAGAUGAGUCAGGAAGAAUUGCUAUUCUGCCCUUUUAUCUUUACGUAAUGCGUAUGGUUUCACUUACCCAGGUAAGGAUUGACAUGAGUGAGCUUGAUGAAGAUUCUGAUGGAUUUCUUCAACCUCAUCAAAUGAAGACCUACAUAAGUGGGCUUAUUCCUAAUCUGGCACAACUUAGAGACAUGCCUGAAGCCUUUAUUUCAAUGUACUGCUGCAUAGCUGCGCACAAAUUUUUCUUCUUCUGUGAUCCACAUAGACGAGGCAAAGCAUGCAUAAAGAAAUUGCUGCUCAGUAACGCUCUUCAGGAAUUAAUAGAGCUGCAAGAGGAAAGUGAGGAAGAAGUGACUGACACCGAACAAGCAGAGAACUGGUUUUCAUUGACAUCAGCACAACGUAUAUGUGAUAUGUUUCUUGCCCUCGAUAAAGAUAUGAGCGGUACAUUAAACAAGCACGAACUCCGAGCAUAUGCAGAUGGAACUUUGACAGAUAUAUUCAUUGAGAGAGCUUUCGACGAGCAUAUCGGUCGUGGAAAAAAUGGAGGUAAUGGUCGUGAGAUGGACUUCGAAAACUUUCUUGACUUUGUUUUGGCCCUAAAAAACAAAGAUACCGAAGAGGGAUUGACAUAUUUGUUCCGUUGUCUCGAUCUCCAUGGAAGGGGAUUUCUCACUACAGCUGAUAUUCACACACUCUUCAGGGAUGUACAUCGAAAGUGGAUAGACGGUGGGAAUUAUGAGCUGUGUAUUGAAGAUGUACGGGAUGAAAUAUGGGAUAUGGUGAAGCCAGCUGACCCUUUAAGAAUUCCACUAGCAGAUUUGUUAUCUUGCAAACAGGGUGGUACAGUUGCCAGCAUGCUCAUAGACGUCCGCGGUUUCUGGGCUCAUGACAAUAGAGAGAAUCUUCUCCAAGAAGAGGAAGAACCAGAAGAAGAAUGAGACUAUCUUAAUUGUGGCUAGAAUUCAGUUUGUACACUGUGUUGUAGGGGUUUCUGAAUGCUGAUUGACAACUAGGUUAACUUGUAGUAGAACACUACUGUGGGCACUGACUUAAAACUAAAUAUUAGAACUACUGCGGCCGCUGACUUAAAACCGAAUAUUCUGUAUGUUGUAAAUCUAAAGUGUAUGUAGGAUGGCUGUGCAGAUGAAGUGCAGAGAAGGAAUCAGAUCCUUUCUUAUGAUGCUAAUAUCGAUCUAUAGGGCCUGUUAAUGUUA